AUGUUGCCCCGGUCCCCUUUCAAGAUCAGGAAACUGAUAACCCAGAAGAAGGCCGAAGACGGCGAGGACAUUGAAGGCUCCUAUUUCAACCACGACGACGAGGAGAUGGACACCCUCAGCAGGAUCAAGACAUGGAUGCCACCAAAGGGCUUAAUGAAGAGGUCGAAACCGAGCAUCGAUAUCAGACGGAGUGAGGACCUUCACAACAUCAUUGGAAUUCCACCAUUACCAGACACGCCACAGUCGUCAACAAGUUCUUUGUGCAAUUACGACAAUGGCACGGAACAUGUGGGCUCACGUUGCUCGCCUCCUCGCCGGCCGACGCGGAGUCCCCUGGCGAGUCCUCAUGGCAGCCCUCAAAGAAGUCCUCAAAGAAGCCCCCAGAGAAGCCCGCUGCUUUCACCUCAGCAAUUGGACGAUUCGCCGCGACGACGCGGAAGAAGCCCAACAUGUUCGCACUCGUUUCGGGACUAUCCUCAGUUGACACCGCCCUCAUCACCACCUCAACAAGCCGAAAUGUUUCCCGAAUCGCCUUCAAUACCGGCCGAUGUUGCGGCGAAGGCCAGCAACGAGACGGCCCCCAGGUCAGUCCUCGAAGCCGGGCCAUUAGGAACACCGUCAUCACAAAUGAACACACCGAAGCUGUUUUCCAAGGACGUCAUGCAGCUCCUCCAUGAGACAGAGCAGGCAUUCAAGCCGCAGCAAUCGUUCAGCGAUGCAAAGCUUACAGACGCUCAAUUGGCAAAAUUCGCCAAACCGAGGCAAUCAACUCCCAUGUCGCCAGCAAUGGCUCGCAGGAAAUCACAGAGGCGGAGUCAAGGAUCGAAUUCACUGAGGUCGACAAAGUCGGUCAGAUCGGUCAAGUCGCCCAUCAAGGCAACAGCCAAAACUCCCCCAUCGCAGACACCAGCUCGGCUGCCAUCUACCUCGCGGCCAAAGCGAGCAAAAUCCAAGAAGGCCCGAAGAAGGCCGGUACAGCCAGCGAGACGGCAGUCUUCCAUGUGGCAACUGACAGAAAGCGCCAAAGACCUGUUCACAAUUCGCAUUUUCCACCGCCUCGAGGCCGACGAGAUGCUUCCCGAGAGCACGUUGCGAGAAAUCAGAAUGAGCCGCGCCGCGCAGUGGACGAGAUCUCCUGAAUUGGGUGUUACACACGUCGACAAGAAGAGCACAGCCACUACCCCGGCUCCCAUCGAACCCCUGAGCCUCGACGAGUCAGCAGCAGCGGCCGAGGAUUCGGUCGCACCACGUGCAUCUGCUGCCAACAAGGGGUCAGAAAUCAAGCGGGAAGACUGUCAAACAUCCAGAGCGGCCCAGACACUGGAGCAGGCCAGGGAAAUCGAACCGGAACACAAGGAACCGGAACAGAAACCUGUGGAGGAGGAUGGCGAGCAAAGGCACGAUUCGCCCACUGCAGGACUGGAAGAUGACGAGGAGGAGGGAGACCUGCCGAUCAUGAUUAUUGGCGACGAGCCGGUGACGCCAACGACGCCUGUGCCAACGCAGGAGAAACCCUCGAUGCAUCGCCGACUUCCGAGCAAGACUUUGCCGCCGCUCCCGACGAUCCCCGAGAUUAUUGCAACAGGACCUGAUGACGCAAACAUCAUCCUGUCACCAACCUCGACGCCGCUGCCGCCCGGAGUGACGACCAGGGCCAACACUGACGACUACGUUUAUCUCGACAGCACCCCUUACACCAUGACCCACCCAACCUUUAGGCACGGUCCGGUCCGGCUGGCCAAGGCCGACCUCCCGAUCGGCAAGCUGGCAGCCGCUGUGGACGACACUCUGGACUGGACAGCCUUUCAGAUGGCAAUCUUGGGGGGCGCGGGCGACUUCUUCAGCGAGCCAACCGACUACUCCAAGCCCUCGGACAUGGAGCUGGACGAGCUGGAUGAGAUCUACAACUGGUUCACCGGGUUUGGGUUUGUUUCCGCGGGUGGACUCGUCACGUCUACGGAGCGACGACCAAGCGCAUCAAAAGAGAGCAGCAACCGCCGACCCAGCGAGGGCCGCGCACUUGAUGCUCAUUCCGUCGAGCCUCGAACACCCGGUCUUUCCCCGUCAUCAAACACCUCGUCAACUCCCAACAGCAGCCCCCGAACCGUCAUCAUCAGCGGACAGCGCAGUCCCGGGAUAGUGAGGAUCGACCCCCCCAUGGGCGACUCACCCUCCAAGACUGGGUCCAGCGCUGCGAGGAAUAGCUCUAUCGCCAGUAGAGUCUUGGCCCCGCCAGAGUUUCACAAGAAGCACCGGAGGAGUGUGAGCAGUGGGACGUUUAGCAUGGGCCAGUCGUUUUCGGAUAAAGACAAGAAUGUGAAUGGGCUGGCGAUUGAUUCGGCAAAGAGGCCGAACAGCACGGACAGCAUGCAGAGCCUGCCGCAGAGCCCGAUGAUGGAGUUGGUGCUGACGCACGAUGUGCAUGGGAACGAGGUGCCGGUGCCGAUGGGGUACAACAUGAGCCAUGAUGCGAGGGACUUUUUGGUUUGGCAUACUGAGCAUGUCUCUCUUUGA